AGAACUGUUUGGUUCUUCUGAGUGAUUGGUUCAUGUGUCGGAGAUUCUGAUGAUUGGUAUUAGCUACACAUAGGUUUCCAAAUUUUGUGCUAGUGUUUGGGAUUUAUAGAGUAUGAGAAGAGGUAGAGGGAAAGGGAAGAAGCAGAGUGCAUCUACUCGGGAAGAUCGUGGAAGCGGUGAUGAAGAAAAGAUUCCUGCUUACAGGAGAAGAGGGAGGCCACAGAAGCCGAUGAAAGAUGAUUUCGAAGAGGAAGAAGAGGAAGAUGAAGAGAUGGUAGAGAAAAUAGAAGAAGAGGAUGAAGAAAUUGAUGAUGGUUCUGUAACAAGUAAAGAUUUGAAGAAGGAGAAAAAGAGGAAGAUGUCUAAUGGAUGCAAUAUCAAUAUGGAUCUAAAUGAAGAAGAGAAUGGGUUAGGAUCGAAAUCAUGCACCGAUGAUUCCACAAGGUCGACGUCUAUUGGGUUUAGACCAAAUGGAAGCAGGAGGAAAAGCAAGCCGAGACGAGCUGCUGAAGCUGUUGUGGAAUGUAACGGAGUUUGAGAAACCUCCCGGUGAAGAACUUCAAGAAACAGGAUGACAAAUU